CAGUCAAGUCAGUCAAGUCAGUCAAGUCAGUCAAGUCAGUCAAGUCAGUCAAGUCAGUCAAGUCAGUCAAGUCAGUCAAGUCAGUCAAGUCAGUCAAGUCAGUCAAGUCAGUCAAGUCAGUCAAGUCAGUCAAGUCAGUCAAGUCAGUCAAGUCAGUCAAGUCAGUCAAGUCAGUCAAGUCAGUCAAGUCAGUCAAGUCAGUCAAGUCAGUCAAGUCAGUCAAGUCAGUCAAGUCAGUCAAGUCAGUCAAGUCAGUCAAGUCAGUCAAGUCAGUCAAGUCAGUCAAGUCAGUCAAGUCAGUCAAGUCAGUCAAGUCAGUCAAGUCAGUCAAGUCAGUCAAGUCAGUCAAGUCAGUCAAGUCAGUCAAGUCAGUCAAGUCAGUCAAGUCAGUCAAGUCAGUCAAGUCAGUCAAGUCAGUCAAGUCAGUCAAGUCAGUCAAGUCAGUCAAGUCAGUCAAGUCAGUCAAGUCAGUCAAGUCAGUCAAGUCAGUCAAGUCAGUCAAGUCAGUCAAGUCAGUCAAGUCAGUCAAGUCAGUCAAGUCAGUCAAGUCAGUCAAGUCAGUCAAGUCAGUCAAGUCAGUCAAGUCAGUCAAGUCAGUCAAGUCAGUCAAGUCAGUCAAGUCAGUCAAGUCAGUCAAGUCAGUCAAGUCAGUCAAGUCAGUCAAGUCAGUCAAGUCAGUCAAGUCAGUCAAGUCAGUCAAGUCAGUCAAGUCAGUCAAGUCAGUCAAGUCAGUCAAGUCAGUCAAGUCAGUCAAGUCAGUCAAGUCAGUCAAGUCAGUCAAGUCAGUCAAGUCAGUCAAGUCAGUCAAGUCAGUCAAGUCAGUCAAGUCAGUCAAGUCAGUCAAGUCAGUCAAGUCAGUCAAGUCAGUCAAGUCAGUCAAGUCAGUCAAGUCAGUCAAGUCAGUCAAGUCAGUCAAGUCAGUCAAGUCAGUCAAGUCAGUCAAGUCAGUCAAGUCAGUCAAGUCAGUCAAGUCAGUCAAGUCAG